UUAAUGACCGGCGUCUUGCAGGAUAUUGUGAACGAGCCCCUUUUGCCUGAGGCUUGCAACCACCCGAUGAUCGAUGAUCGUCUCAGGGGAAAAGAAGCCUUGGCAAAGAGCAGAGGUUUAGAGGAUCAUCCUAACAUUGUUUUGCGAAUUGAAAGAGAUAAUACAAAUGAAAGCCUUAAAGUUGUCCCUGUCACUUGGAAAAUACCUGUAACCAGAGACUGCUGAUUGGUAGUUUUCUGCAGCAAGGAAGCCCACAUACCAUGACACAAUUCUGCUUUCCCUUGAACUGCAUCAUUCAGGACUCUGCAAAUUCCCUAAAGUAGGAGGAAAAAUGACCACGUCCAAGGAGGCAGUGACCUUCAAGGACGUGGUAGUGUUCUUCACUGAGGAGGAGCUGAGGCUGCUGGACUCUGCCCAGAGGAAGCUGUAUCGAGAUGUGAUGCUGGAGAACUUCAGGAACCUGCUGUCAGUGGGAGGCAGGAUCCAACCUGAGAUGAAGACUGUUCAAGAAGCAGGACCACAUGAAGGGUUGUCCUGCCAGCAGAUCUGGAAAGAAAUUGCAAGUGAUUUAACCAGGCCUCAAGACUCUACCAUAAAUAGCUCUCAGUUCUUUGAACAGGGUGAUGCCCACUCCCAGGUUGAGGAAGGAUUAUCUAUAAUGCAUACAGGACAGAAACCUUCUGAUCGUGGGAAGUGUAAACAAUCCUUUAGUGAUGUUUCCAUCUUUGAUCUUCCUCAGCAAAUACACUCAACAGAGAAGUCUCAUUCCCGUGAUGAGUGUGGAAAAAGCUUCUGUUACAUCUCAGCACUUCAUAUUCAUCAGAGAGUCGACCUGGGAGAGAAACUCUUUAAGUGUGACGUGUGUGGUAAGGAAUUCAGUCAGAGUUUACAUCUGCAAACACAUCAGAGAGUCCACACUGGGGAGAAACCUUUCAAAUGUGAACAAUGUGAGAGAGGCUUCAGAAGUAGAUCAGCACUUACAGUUCAUUGCAAAUUACACAUGGGAGAGAAACAUUAUAAUUGUGAGGCAUGUGGGAGGGCUUUCAUUCAUGAUUUCCAGCUUCAGAAACAUCAGAGAAUUCACACAGGGGAGAAGCCAUUCAAAUGUGAGAUAUGUAGUAUGAGCUUCCGUCUUAGGUCAAGUCUUAAUAGGCAUUGUGUGGUCCACACAGGAAAGAAACCAAACAACACUGGGGAAUAUGGAAAAGGCUUCAUCGGUAGGCUGGAUUUGUGUAAGCAUCAGACGAUCCACACAGGAGAGAAACCAUAUAAUUGUAAAGAAUGUGGGAAGAGCUUCAGACGGUCCUCAUAUCUUUUGAUCCAUCAGCGAGUCCACACUGGAGAAAAGCCAUACAAAUGUGACAAGUGUGGGAAGAGCUACAUUACUAAGUCAGGUCUUGACUUGCACCAUAGAGCCCACACAGGAGAGAGACCUUAUAACUGUGAUGACUGUGGGAAGAGCUUUAGACAGGCCUCAAGUAUUUUGAAUCAUAAGAGACUCCACUGCCGGAAAAAACCAUUCAAAUGUGAGGACUGUGGAAAGAAGCUUGCACACCGGUCAUACCGUAAAGACCAACCAAGAGACCACAGUGGAGAAAAUCCAUCCAAAUGUGAGGACUGUGGGAAGCGCUACAAGAGGCGCUUGAAUCUUGAUAUAAUUUUAUCAUUAUUUUUAAAUGACACAUAAGUGUACAUAUUUAAGGGGAAAAAUUUGAUAUUUAAAUAUACGUAUAUGAUGUAUAAUGAUCAAAUCAGUGUAAUUAGCAUAUUUAUCACCUCAAACAAUGAUCUCUUCUUUGUGUUGGGAAAAUUAAAAAUUCGUUGUUCUAGCAA